CUUUCCAGAAGGUUUAGCAUCUUGAUGGACAGCUUUCUGCUGCCUUCAUCUCUCCAAACAGAAAGGGUGGCACAUAUGGCAAGGGCUGGUGGACAGAUUGCACUGCAGAAAAUAACCAUGGCGGCUAAGCAAAUGUUUUACUCUUUCUUGCCUUUCUCCUCUGCUCCAUCAGUGAGAAGAAAGCGUCGCUAAUUGUCUCCUUGUCGUGGAUUUUUGACUGCUGGGGUACUUUUUUUUUGCUCCUACUGGAUAUAAAAGCCCACCUGUUACAACAGCAGUAAUGAGAUACUGCUUUCGUUAUCUUCUUUGCGCUAGGAAGGAAAUUUGUCUUUGGCUCGACCGGCAGAAAAUGACACUUGACUGAAGCGUGUAAGUCACCCUGGAGUAAGUUGCUUCCCUCUGAGCUUUAUGUGAGCAACCCCAUCCUACGAGGAGGAGGAUCCGUCAGCCGCCUUAGCUGUACAAUGGGGACUACAGGUGACGACAUGGCUUCGGUGGAGCAGAAUGCCUCCUUGAACCCUCUGUGCUUCGAGUGCGGCCAGCAGCACUGGACAAGGGAGAACCACCUCUACAACUACCAGAACGAAGUGGACGAUGAUUUGGUCUGCCACAUUUGCCUUCAGCCCUUGCUGCAGCCAUUGGACACUCCCUGCGGACACACUUUCUGCUACAAGUGCCUAAGGAACUUUCUGCAGGAGAAGGAUUUCUGCCCACUGGAUCGAAAAAGACUCCACUUUAAACUCUGCAAAAAAUCCAGCAUUCUUGUUCAUAAACUGUUAGACAAGCUACUCGUUUUGUGCCCCUUCUCUUCCGUGUGUCAGGAAGUCAUGCAGCGAUGCGACCUGGCGGCACAUCUCAAAAACAGGUGUCCUGGGGCUUCUCAUCGAAGGGUUGCUCUGGAGAGAAGGAAAACGAGCAAGCUGCAAGCAGAAGCGGAGGGCGAGAGCGGUCCCGGUGGGACGGAGCAUCCUAGCAGUUUAUCUACGGACGCAGAUCAGGGAAUAGUGCCAGCCGAGCAGAGCUUCACGUCGCCCGCCCUUCCUGCGUGGACGGAUGAGCCCGGCAUCGACAAUCCGCCUUUUGAGGAGAGCACAGUAGCAGACACAGCCUUCUCACACACGGAGUGCUGUCCUGCUCGAGCGAAAAGGCAGCUGAGUAACUCCUGCAUCCAUCUGCACCGAACGAGCAGUAAUGUCUCUAGCAUCUGGGAUUUUAGAGAGGAAGCGCUGAGCCUUACCGCAGAGGAAGCAAAUCAACAGCCACCUACCUUGCCUGAAGGAGAGAUCACUACUAUUGAAAUUCAUCGAUCCAAUCCUUAUAUCGAAUUAGGAAUUAGCAUAGUGGGUGGCAAUGAAACGCCUUUGAUCAACAUUGUCAUUCAAGAGGUUUAUCGAGAUGGGAUCAUUGCCAGAGAUGGAAGACUUCUUGCUGGAGACCAAAUACUGCAAGUCAACAGCUUUGACAUAAGCAACGUGUCUCACAACCACGCUCGAGCUGUGCUUUCCCAGCCGUGCUCGGUGCUGCACCUCACCGUGCUGAGAGAGAGGCGGUUCGGCAGCCGCACGCACAACCACGCCGACGGCACCGGCUCCCUGCGGGAGGACAGCUUUCAAGUGACGCUGCAUAAACGCGACUCCAGCGAGCAGCUUGGCAUUAAACUUGUACGCAGAACGGAUGAGCCGGGAGUUUUUAUUCUCGACCUUUUGGAAGGGGGGUUGGCUGCUCAAGACGGCAGGCUCUGCAGCAACGACCGUGUACUUGCAAUUAAUGGACAUGACUUGAAGCAUGGGACACCUGAGCUUGCUGCUCAGGUUAUACAGGCUAGUGGGGAGAGAGUGAAUUUGAUCAUCUCUAGACCCCUGAAGUCACAGACGGUCAGUAUUAUCCGAGACACUGGGACUCACAACAGCAACCCACACCAACACCAGUCCCAGCAGCUGUUUCACAGCAGACCUAACUCACAUAAGGAUCUCUCCCAGUGUGUUACGUGCCAAGAAAAGCACAUUACUGUGAAAAAAGAGCCACAUGAAUCUCUGGGAAUGACAGUGGCAGGAGGCAGAGGCAGCAAAAGUGGCGAACUGCCCAUCUUCGUGACAAGUGUACAGCCUCACGGGUGUCUGGCAAGAGACGGCAGGAUUAAACGAGGUGAUGUGCUGCUGAACAUCAAUGGCAUCGAUUUGACUAACCUAAGUCACAGCGAGGCGGUGGCCAUGCUGAAAGCUAGCGCUGCCUCUUCGGUAGUUGCCCUGAAAGCCCUGGAAGUCCAGAUUGUAGAAGAACAGCCCCAGGCUAACGAAGAGCAAUUGAGUACCAUCAGUGAAAAUGAAUACGAUGCCAGCUGGUCACCGUCGUGGGUGAUGUGGCUGGGACUUCCAAGCUGCCUACAUAGCUGCCAUGAUGUAGUCCUGCGGCGGAGCAAUUUAGGGAGCUGGGGUUUCAGCAUCGUCGGUGGCUACGAGGAGAACCACACAAACCAGCCUUUCUUCAUUAAAACAAUUGUUCUUGGAACUCCUGCAUACUUUGAUGGAAGAUUAAAGUGUGGUGAUAUGAUUGUUGCUGUAAAUGGACUAUCCACGGUUGGAAUGAGCCAUUCUGCACUCGUUCCCAUGCUGAAGGAGCAGAGGAACAAAGUAACUUUAACCGUGAUUUGCUGGCCUGGAAGCCUCAUAUAGAUUUGCGAAUCACUUUGGUUCAAGCAGCGUCUUUUUCUAGAUAGCUGGCACAAAAAUCUCCUCUAUCUUCUUUUCCCCUAUUGAUACAGCUGGUUAUAAGCAGGGCCAAAACUGCUGUAUUUUCUUUUUUUACGGGCCUCUCAGACUUACUCUAUAUAUCUUUCCAUCCUGAAAUAGCCAUUUCUCUUUGCUAUAUCCAUUGCUGACGCAAAUGCAAAUAUACGUGAGCUCACAGAGAAACUCCCACUCUGAUAUGGCUGUCAUUGCGCUUUCCCCGUCAGGCUUGUAGAGUCAGCAGAACAACUUAGUGGUUCUUUGGGUUUCUCUGCACAUUCCUCAAGUUAGGUGUGAUAUAUAAACAUAAUAGCCAUGUGCCCAUCCUUCCCUGUGAAGAGAACGUGUGUCAGUACAGCAAUGACACAUCUAUCUGCUGCUAUGAAUCAAAAUCUGUUUCCAAAGGUACGUCUCUUCAUUUCGUAAGCCUUUCCAUUUUUGAUUCAGUAUUUCGGACUAAUUCAAGUAAUCCAUCUUAUUCAUCAGAAAUUACUUGGUCCCCCAAAUUUUUCUUGCAGGGCAUCAGUGUUCAUAGAAAAGUAGGACAAAAGCCUGAUAUUACUGGAAUUUUUAUAAAGUGCAAUAAUUGGACUCUUUGUUAGGAAACUUUAAUAUAUUACAGAGUUUGUAUCCUAUAAUGACAAGAAAUAUGGAAGUAAUUACUGUUGCAACGCUGGCAAGAAUACACAUGCCCGAGGUCGCCUUUGAGUGGAUGGCUUGCAGUAUUAGACUUUACUUUACAAAUGAAUGUUUUGCUAUGUCAGAGAAUUUUGAUGAACAUUUUUACAAAGAUCAUUUUUACCGUUUCUAUUGUAGUUGUCAGCUCUCUUUAUUCAUGUGUGGAAACAAUACUUUGACUUGUACUUUCUAAAUGAGAGAAUUAUUUCCAGGAAAAAAGCAAGCUAUUAAGAAACCAUAUGUUAGGGUUUACAGGUGAGCAGGCUAGAAGGAAGGCUCUUUGAAUUCAAGUCCAACUACAAAGUAAGCUGCAAAGUUCGCUCUUAUUCUGUCAUCUCCUGACAAAUGUGCAAAUGCCUUGAUAUCAAAUGCUGAAACGAUCUCUCUUGCAUUUCAGGAUAUUAUUUUUUUUUCUCCUUUAGAGAGCAUCUGUUAUUAAGUUGUCAGUAAGAGUAAUACUGUUUAUCUUGGAUUGUAUUUAGUAUUUUUACAAACCAACCUGUAACUUCUAGACUUUGCCUUUCCAUGGUAUUUGCAGGCUAAGCACCCAUUUGUUUAAGAAAAGAGGGGUGGAGCGCAGAAAGAAAUGUGCUGACCUGGAGCUAACCCUGCGUGUUGUCAGUGUUCUGCAUAUUUGAAAAAGCUUCAUUUAUAAACCAGGUUCCCAACCUGAACUGAUUUUAUGAAUGACCUCUGUAUUGUAUUAAUAAUUACCAGAGAAUGUAUUUGAGAAUCACAGCAUAUUUCAAUUGUGAAGCAUGAACUUUAUUUUCAAACUUAGCCGGUAUAAUAUCGGGGCAUAUUAUCGCAUGUCAUUAAUUCCAGUAGCUUUGUUUUCAAAAGAAAUAAAGUUACUCUUUUGCAAAAAAAAUUGUAAACAUCUCACAUGAAUGAAGUGGUUUUAUUCCUCUCUGUAACGUAUGCUAUCGGUUUAAUUUCAUAAUAUUAAAAUACAAAAGAAUGUCCUCUGCAGUAUAUUACUGUACUGAGAAUCUUUGUUUCUGAAGCAAACACCAAACUUAUUUGAUACUCUAACUGAUUUGAGAACAAGUUUCCUCCCAUCCCCAGAUGCUGUUUAACUGUAUGCUUUGCUCUUAAUGCAGAUUUUUCUGUAAAGUACAUCUCAGUGUAGACUUUAGGGAAGAUUUUGACAUACGUACUAGAUUUAAUGGGUUUUAUUUUUAAAAUUACACUUUUCAUUCAAAACCCUGCAAAAAAUCACAUUUUUAGAUUUUUUUUUUCUUUUAUAUGUAUAUGUAACAAAAGCAUGGGUUAGCUUAAACUGUGCAGUUUUGUUUCUGUGUGCUGUAGCUUUUGAUCAGAAUGUCUAGCGAUAAAACCUUUCUGAAUUAAUUCCUUUCCUGAAUCAUUUUUCCCCCUUCUCUUGUAGCUGCAUAGUUGGGUUUGGUUUUCUGUGCCUUCUGUUUUAAAUUAUUUCAAGAUUUUUUUUUUUUCCAGACAUUGCUAUCUAAUUGUAUGGUAUUAAUGAAGGAUGAAUGAAAAUAAAAGUUCAUUCUACUCAUUGUAA